UCAGUGAAAAUAUGUUGAAGUAGUUGACUACAAUUUUGGGGGACUCUGCCCAGCUCUGAGUAUGAAUAGCGAUACUUAAUAAUUAAGUUACUCAAGUAAAAGUAAAAAAAAGUACAGCGUGAAAUUUUUUUUUUACAAAAAAGUUACUCAAGUAAACGUAACUUGAGUAAAUGUAACUACCAACUCUGUGAGUAGUAUACGGUUCUUAUCGUAGCGUUUGGUGUAAACCAUGCGCUUUUCUCUGAUAAACCUCUCCGUCUGCCUCAGCACCCUGGACAGCAUCUUCUCUCCGCUCCACCAAACGCGCCUCGGUGAUUGACAGAAGCGGCGGCCAUAGGCGGAUCGAUGCCGCUCCCGGAGCCCUAUGAGGCGGACGGGAAGACUCGGAGGGGGCGCUCGGAUCCUGACGCGGUUCUCCCCGGCUUCUAUAGGCCCGCUCGGUGUUUGCCGCGGUCGGAAGAGGGCGGAGUGCGUUUUGCUCAUCCAAGUGAGGAGCUCCCUGACUCUUAAAAAUAUAUAAAUAUAAUAUCAACAAGGCUCUUUCUCUACCCUUCCCUCCCUCCUUCCCUUCUCUUCUUCCUUCCGUGUCGUUUUGAUUCAGUGUAGCCCACACGCAGGGGGAGAACAUCCGCCGCACAGCAGAGCCAAGACUGAGAGGGGAUCUUCAACAUCAACAAGCUGCAUGAGCAUCUCUGAGAAGAGAGAAAAAGGACUAUCUCCCUGAUUCCAGCAAUAGAGGUGCAGGUGUUUCAGAAAUACAAGUGGUGUUUCGUACAAGUGGUGAUGCGAUGGUUUAGAGGAGCAGUUUUGGUCGAUUCUUCACAUCACGCCCGCUGGACGACACUGUAAAAUCCCCCCGCUUCCUCUUCAGACAUCUGUGGACGCUUUCUGCAGGGGGAGAUGGCUGUUCUCCGGCUCUCGUUGCUGCUGCAUGUGGGCUUUGUGAUCGGGUCGAGCCGGUUCGACGCGGACCAGUCAGCCGUUGGGCAGGAGGAGGUGGAGGCGAACCUGGGCGCUCGGCUGGCGCGCCUCCGUGCGCCUCGCCUCGUACCCGGGGAGAAACCGGAGGAGCAUCUGCCCCGGGUGGUCACGGCUUACCUGCACACGGGGGACUCGACCACCUUAAGGCACGCAAACUGCUCGAGAAAGUACGAGCUCACCUCUCUGCUGCGUGGAAGGUCACACGAAACCCCGCAUUACUCCAUGAGCGGCGUGUUGGAGACGGUGCUGCACGCAACCAACUUCCUCAACAUGAUCCUGCAAGCCAACAGGUCCAGGGAGCACAACCUGCGGCGAGACAUGGAGUGGUACCAAGCCCUGGUGAGGAGCAUCUUGGAAGGGGAUGCCAAGAUCCACCGGGCGGUGGUCACUUUCGGCGGGGAUGCGUCGUUUGCGGGGCCCCCGGUGCUCCUCCAAGCCACCAGGGCCGGCGGGGAGAUUGUGCUCCAAGACCUCCCCCGCAUGGCGCGCCGCCAUCUGCACAACCGCACCGCAGACACCGAGUGGUACCACGGAAUGAAGGAGAAGCAGCAGCCCAGGUUCCACAAAAGGGUUCUGAGCAAAGGUGGGGACGGAUCACCGGAAAGGGCCGAGAGUUUCAUCCCGGACCGAACGCAUGUCAAGUGGUCUGCGCCUUACCUGGAGUGUGAAAAUGGGAAUUUUGUCCCCCGUUGGCUUCUGACGCUGUCGGCAGCUUUCUACGGCCUGAAGUCCAACCUGGAUCCGGAGUUCAGGGGCGUGGUGCGGGUGGACGUUGAUCUACAGGAUGUUGAUAUCGACCAGUGCUCUACUGACGGCUGGUUUGCUGGAACCCAUCGAUGCAACCUGAGCACUAUGGAGUGUCUGCCGCUGCGUGGUCAUGGGUUUGUCCUGGAUAAAUACCAGUGCCAGUGUAAAAAGGGAUUCUACCACCCCAACAGAGUGGCAGUCAAUGGCUUCACAAAGCCUGGGAGAACGGGGAAAGCUGGAUCUGGUGGUCUGGGUGAAGAUGAAGGCUCCCCCAGCGACUGCCUGCCUUGCCAGCAGGAUUGUGCUUUCUGUAAAGACGACUCUCCCUGCGUGGCGCUGGAGGACGGCGCCUUUCGCUUGGCGGUGCUCUCCUUCCAGUGUCUCUGCAUGCUGAUCGCCUUCAUCAGCAUGGUGCUCAUAUACCACUUUCGCAGGAAUAAGAGCAUCAGAGCGUCAGGCCUGGUGCUCCUGGAGGCCAUUCUCUGCGGCGCGCUCCUCCUCUACUUUCCGGUGGGGAUUCUCUACUUCCACCCGAGCGUUUUCCGCUGCAUCCUGCUGCGUUGGGUCCGACUGCUGGGCUUCGCCACCGUCUACGGGACGCUCACUCUGAAACUCUACAGGGUGUUGAAGGUCUUCCUCUCCCGCACAGCCCAGCGGAUCCCCUACAUGACCAGCUGGCGAGUCCUGCGCCUGCUGGCCAUCAUCCUGCUCAUCGUCUGCUGGUUCCUGGUGGCGUGGACGUCUGCCGUCUGUCAGAACCCAGACAGGAAGUUGGCGCUCAUCGACGUGGGCCACACGCCCGACGGGAGUCAGUUCGGCAUGUGCCUCCUGGACCGCUGGGAUUACAUGAUGGCCGUCGCGGAGUUCCUCUUCCUGCUGUGGGCCGUGUACCUUUGUUACGCCGUGAGAACCGUGCCGUCAGCGUUCCACGAGCCUCGCUACAUGGCCAUCGCCGUUCACAACGAGCUGGUGCUGUCGGCCAUUUUCCACGUAAUCAGGUUCACUCUGGCUCAUGAACUCCACCCAGACUGGAUGCUGCUGCUGUUCUUCACCCACACCCACCUGACGGUGACGGUGACUCUGGGUCUGCUGCUCGUUCCCAAGUUUCUGUUUGCUGGAACCCACAUGAGGGAUGAUAUCGCCUCUGAGGCCUACGAGGACGAGCUGGACAUGGGUCGCUCCGGGUCUUACCUCAACAGCAGCAUCACUUCAGCGUGGAGCGAGCACAGCCUGGACCCCGAGGACAUUCGGACACCAGAAGAAAUGGGACAUCUCAGUUCUAUUAAUGGCUGUGGCGUAAGGUCUUGCGACAGCCUUUGGGAAAAACGUACCAACGAGGAGCUGAAGAAGUUAUACUCCCAGCUGGAGAUUUACAAAAGGAAGAAGAUGCUAGCGAACAACCCGCACCUGCAGAAGAAGCGAAGCUCCAAGAAAGGUCUUGGGCGCUCGCUGAUGAGACGCAUCACCGAGAUCCCAGAGUCUGUGCAUCGGCAGUGCAGCCGGGAAGACAAGGAGGUGGGAGACUAUGGGAGCAACCGGAACAGCAUCUGCAUGCUGAAGAAGAACCCUCUAGAUCCCAGUCAUCAGGUGAAACCAGCCAAGGAAGAGACGCUAAAGGACAAGGUUUUCUCUCUGAAGAAGUCCCACAGCAGCUACGACCAUGUCCGUGACCAGAACGAAGACGCCAACAGGGCUGCCGCAGACAAGAUGGAGACGGCCACAAAUGAAGGGUCGCUACUAGAUACGCUGAUGGGCAAAAAGCUGGUCAAGAAGAAGUCCAGUGAGACCAUCAACGCCCCCAGUGAAUCUACAGAGUCUGUUCCGUUAGUCUGCAAGUCGGCGAGUGCCCACAAUCUAACAGCCGACAAGAAACCAAUUCACCCCAGAGCGUCCAUGCUACAGAAGUCUUUGAGUGUCAUCGCCAGCGCCAAGGAGAAGACUUUGGGCUUGACUGGGAAGGCCCAGAGCUCAGAAGACAGCAAUAAGAAGAGUCAGCCAAAGAGUAGAGACACGAAGGCGAAUACAGAGACGGAGAACGACUGUCAGCCAAAGAUGAUCAUCAGCCAAUCGGUUGACUACAAACAAAGUGCAACCAAAGGCACGAUCAUGAAGCAGCCGGUGAGCGGCAGCCAGCCUGCAAUCUGCUCCGAUCCAGUCCGGGGAAAGGACCUUUACGAUGUCUCCGAAGUGUGUCCAUGGGAGUUGGAAGACCUUCCGACUCCAUCUGAGAACAAGAUCCAGAAACACGUCUCGAUAGCACCGACGGAGUCGACAACGAUUCAUGGAGGCAGCACCAAAGGGAGUAAAUCCCAGAAGCAGAAGGCCUCUGAUCAGUCUCCGUCAGCUGGAAAACACUCAAAGGAGAGUCAGAGGAUGACUUCUGUACGAGCCGAGGUCUGUCCAUGGGAAGAAGGAGGUGAGACUCAAACCAGUCUCUCAGAAGGACCAAGGCAACAAGUGUCCAGUCAGUCAAGGUCAAACAGGCCUCAUUCUACGUUAGAAAGCUCCAAAACAAAGCGAGCAGACAUUUGUCCUUGGGACUAUGAAGAGCAGCAGAAGGUGACAGAGUUAACCCGGUCUCCAGAUACAAUAAAGCAGAAAAAGAGCUCUUCUCCUGUGGAUGGACGAGGUAGAAACCCCAUUUCAGAUGCUCCCAAAGGGGUAACAUCUCUGCCCCUACCAACAACGAAAGCCGAAAUCUGUCCUUGGGACUACGACAGUGCUGCAGUUUCUCCAAAUACAGACAGGACACCCAGUCCAGCACAAGCACCCAAAGCUAAAGAAUCGCCCACGAUAAGGAAAGGCGCCCCUUCCACCAGGACGGUUGAGAAGGAAAAGUUAAAAGACACUGAGGAUGAGAAAAGUUUAACAAAGUCCUCAGAUAAACGUUUGAGCCAGCAGAAAUUGUCCGAGGUCUGUCCGUGGGACGCAGAGAGUCCACAGGAGGGGCUGCAGGUAGAGAAAAGGAAAAGCGCUAAUGUUGGAGCAGCCAAACCAAAGCAGGCUGAAGUUUGUCCGUGGGAUUUUGAGGACGUGUCGAGUAAGAAAGGCUCUGAUAAAAGUGCCCCAGUAGAAAAGCAGAGCAAUCCAAAUUCAAAAGCUGCGGCUGCUAGUUCUGCUAAAAAGGCCGAGGUUUGUCCCUGGGACUUUGACGAGAGCAAAUCAAGCAAGAAGGCAUGACACUCAACCUGAAUGGACCUCUGAAAUUAUAGUUAUCAAUGUAUAAUUUUUCUUUUUUCAAUUGCAAAGAGUUAUAUAUAUUACCUUUUACUAUUUGUAUGGUAACUUGGAAGCAAAGUUAACCCACAAGUUGCCUUCCUUUCUGAGGUUUUGUUCCAGCUUUACAUAUUUGGAAUAUGUACAAAACAACAAAACAAAGUCAAGAAGAGCAUUCCAGAUUACUACAGGGAAAUUCCUGGAAAUAAAAUUGUAGACCAAUUAUGCAACUGUUACACUUUAUGAGCAAUGUCAGACAUCAGCUUUCUCCAUCCCUGCAGUCUUUACUUUCUGUUUGCUGUCUGAUGUUUUUUUCACCCACAUGUGACAACAGAGUGAUAUUAUUGUGUGUUGGUUCCAGCUCAGAGUUUUGGUCUUUGUUGUCACAUCGAUGAGAUUUGGGUUGAAGUAUAGAACAGGAAGAGUCUGCAAAGUGUGAUGUGGUCUUUAACUUGUAUUUAAUGAGGAUUUGAUCCAAAAACAGAGGGAAAGUAACUCAAUAGCACCUUAGCAAACGUCAUAUAUUCAGAACAGAUUCUGUCUUUUAUGUACAUUUUAUUCUCUUAAUUUCCAUAUUAUAUCACUGGCUAUCAUACACACAGCAUAUAUAUAUUUUUAGAUCUAUUUAAUUGUAGUUCUCUACAGAUUAAAAUGCUUCCAAGUCUGUGGAGAUGUACUGUAUGUGCCUAACUAUUAGCAUCGUCUUGUAUCAGUCUAGAGGGAAAAAAGUGAUUUUUGUCUGGAUUUUGUGACGGUGAUCUAUAUUAACAGCAUGCACAGCCAGGUGCCAAGUAGCUGGACUCUACUUGUUUGUCAACUGAUCAGUGCUAAUGUUUUAGCUAGCGUUUUUCCCCCAUGAAACAGAUAGUUUUGGUCAUAUUUUUAUAUCCCUUAAAAGAUAAAAUGGAGAAUACAGAAGGAGGUCAUUUGCACUGGUCAAUACGCCCUGUCGCCAUUUCCUAGAUUAUUGGUUUUGGCCGUUUUGGCCCUGACUUUUGUUGCCGUCUACUAAGGGACAUUUUGUACCAACUGGGGAGAUUUUACACUUUGACCUCCCACAAUUUGUUGUAAUUUACUAUUUUAUCCACCAGAGGUCACUUAGGUUUAAUUUAAUAAGGGUGUAUUCACACCAGAGCGUCCCGUGGACGCGGCUCAAUUGGGGACCAAACCGGAACAUUUGCUACAUUUUCAGCAAAUGAUGUAAACCCUUUCAAAAACCUGUUCCCCUCCUCGCCUGUGGGGGCACUGCAGCAAGAAUCACUGAAGUAAACAACAUAAAAACUUCUGAAGAAGGUUCACAAAAUGUAAACAAAAGUGGAGUAGCGUCAGAUUUUAGUGGAUUUAGGAUUUCUCUUUUGUCUUCGGUAAAGGCUAUGAACUAUUUCUCCUGCUAGCGCCAGAGUCUCAUGUUUGUCUUGGUUCUUUUUAACCAGAAUGCCCUGUGUUGCAGUCUUCUUCCUGGUUUUGGAGCAGUCUCUGGCCCACUUGGCAUUCACAUAUCCAUUCAAACCGCACCAAAGUUCACCUCAAAUGAACCAAGACUGAGGUUUGUAGAGGGACCAGAGUUCACUUUUCUGAUCUACAUAAAGGUUCGGUUAAACGUUCUCACUUCCCCAAACGAACCAAACAAACAAACCAGAGUUUAAUUAAAGCGGAUUAAACAGGCCUGGUGUGAAUGCACCCUGUCUUAUUGACUAGCUAGAAUCAAUUGUCCCAAAUUGGAUUAGAACCAAAUAAUGGUGAUAAUCUCCAAUACCCUGGUACAACAAAAUGGGAGUAUGAACUGGCGAGGACGCGAACUGAAGUCAGUCCGACCCGGUUUUGUUUGGGAAUCCAGCAUGGCUCUUUAUGUUGCACCCAACGUGUUUGUAGAUGCAGUUUGAUGAAUUAUUCAUGAGGCUCGGUUUGUUUAUGACUAUUUAUCUCCGGAAUUCAUCAAAAUGCUUAACCAACAAUGGAAUGAGUAAAUUGCUUGUUUACGGGUGGAAAAAAAAAAAAAAAAAGAAUCAGCAUUUUGGGACAAAGUAUUUAAUGGGAGUACAAGUUGGUCCGAUGUUUGUGAUACCAGCAUGGAUUUUUGUGUUGCACUAAAUGUGUGUUUGUGGAUGAAACUUCAUAAAUCCACCAUAAAGAGGUGAAUCAGUAACCUGAAGAUCAACACAACACUAAAUCUCCUUUCAAAUAUCCACCCACUGCCUCAAUAAAAACCUAAAUAAAAAGAGUAGGCGAGCCAUUUGAAUGGAUUUACACAUAAAAUAAGACACUUUUUUCUUGGUUGCAUCUUGGGAUUCAUUGGAAAUUUUGCUAAUCUGAUUUUAUUAGAUAAAAAGAAAUCACUUUUCAUCAUUAACCUGGGUAAAAGAAACAAAAAUAUUUUAAUUUGAACCCAAAGGACCAAGCAGGUUUUAGGAAACAAACCAUAACAGUCUGUAGAAGUUAGCAGUCACGUCUGUGUAUCACAAUUUGAAUGAUUGUGAGUUUUUAAUUUACCAAAUUCCAACCUCUAACAGCUCUGCUCAUUUUUUCAUAUCAAUUCUGUUGCUUCAACUGAUCUAUAAUAAUGUUUAACAUACACUGAAAAAUAAGAAUGGGUGAUCCAGCUUGAAAAAAAAAUGAGUUAAUUUGUUACAAGUAAUUAAGUUGUCAUGUUAAACAAACUUAAAUAAAUUCAGUUUAACCAACUUAAUUUGAUUGCGUGUAACAAAUUAACUAAUUUGUUUUAAGUUGGAGCUCCAUUCUCUUUUUUUAGUGUAUUAUUUGCUGGGAGGUUUAACAAAAGGGAAAUCUGAGUUUAUGUGGGAGAUUUACUGUCAUGAGUGAUGAAUGACCUGCUCUUGUUUAUUGUGCUUUGAGUUUUUUUUAAAGAAAAUUGACUAUUUUAGAAAAUUUUACCACCUCUGAUUUGUGUAUCAUGAAAACAAUAAUAGUAAAUAAAGCAAUAUAAUAAUGGUAACUUUAAAAAAAGAGAUAUUUUUUAAUUUUAAUCUUCAAAUAUGAGUAGAAAAUACAAUGAGUGCAAUAUCUCAUCGUGAAACUAAAUAUCACAUUACAGUGAGCCCAGUUUGUUCUUUAAUUUGAAUAAUUCCUGCUCGUCAACUUGCUGUUUUAUUUUUCUUCUGUCCAUUGUGUGUGUGUGUGUGUGUAUUAAACUCUGUGAAGCAUACUGGUGUCUGUUAACUGUCGGUCUCUCUGGAAAUGAUCACUGUGUUUUAUCAUCAUCAUCAAGGAAUCGGUGCAAGUUUGAACCCGAACCGUCGUCCUUGUGCCAUCACAGACAAUGCCGUAUCUUGUAGCUUUUCUGUCCACUGGUCGUUAACCACGGUGUGUUUCUGUUCGGCUGACCGCGUUCAUUUAAACUGGACUCUUGUGACCGGACAGUGUCCCACUACGGCAAGUACUAGCAAAUCUACUACUACUACUAUUCAAUGCUGUAACGUCGUAAUUCUUGCUCUUGUGGCUUCUGCAUGAAUUCAAGAACUUAGUCGGACUGAUGUUUCACUGCCCUUGAUAGAACAAAAAAAGGAAAAAAUUUUAUAUUUUAUGGACUGUUACAAGUUGUAUAGUGAGUGACACUGUCCCCAACCCACUGUAUUUUGUGCUUGUUAUGACUAUUGCUCUAUGACAAGCUUAUAGCAUCAAUAUAUGGGAAUAUUUGGUAGAUUUAUAUUGUGUUAUAUUGUGUUAGCAUGUACAUAAAAGAUACCUCCUCUGCAAUAAAUAUUU